UACCAUGGUGAAGCUGGCCGCCAAAUGCAUCCUGGCAGGAGACCCGACGGUGGGCAAGACUGCCCUGGCUCAGAUCUUCCGCAGUGACGGAGCUCAUUUCCAGAAGAGCUACACCCUGACAACCGGGGUGGAUUUGGUGGUGAAGACAGUGCCAGUUCCCGACACGGGCGACAGUGUGGAGCUCUUCAUUUUUGACUCUGCCGGCAAGGAGCUGUUUUCUGAAAUGCUGGAUAAAUUGUGGGAGAGUCCGAACGCCUUGUGUCUCGUCUAUGACGUGACCAGUGAGCAGUCCUUCAACAACUGCAGCAAGUGGCUGGAGAAGGUGCGGUCCCUGGCCCCAGGCAGCUCCCUCCCAGGUGUUUUAGUGGGGAAUAAAACCGACCUGGCGGGCAGACGAGCGGUGGAGUCGGCGCAGGCGCGGGCCUGGGCGCUGGGCCAAGGCCUGGAAUGUUUUGAAACAUCCGUGAAGGAGAUGGAGAACUACGAAGCCCCUUUCCACUGUCUGGCCAAGCAGUUCCUGCACCUGUACCGGGAGAAGGUGGACGCUUUCCACUCCCUGCUGUGAAGGUGUUGGACGGUGCAGCGGGGACCUCACAAGCUG